GUCUCUUCCAUCUUCACAAGAAACAAAAGCGCCUCUUCUCUCUUUCUAUAUAAAAAAAAACCCAAUCUUCAACGAAAGUCCAUUCCUUUAGCUUUCUCCCUCCCCACCUCGUGAUCAUCGCUUGAACCGAAAUACCCAACUGUUAAUUUUCCCCAGAAACAUGAUUUCUUCGGUUAAACCGGUUUCCUCCUCCUUAACCGCAAUCGCCGCCCUAAGACGAACAGUUCCGACAAAGCUCCGGUUUUCUCCCUUACCCAUUAUCAGAAACUUCGAGAACUCUCCUCUCUGCUUCUCAUAUGCCCACAAUCUAUCGACUUUAUUCCUGGCCUCUGCGGCGGAGAAGCAGAGGCGUGAUGGUUUUAGCGCUGGAGCUUACGAGGCGGAUCGGUCUCAGCCGAUUGAGAUCGGUGUGGAAGUUCCUGCGGAACAGUCAGGGCAGAAGGUUAAGAUUGGGAUCUACUUCGCAACUUGGUGGGCACUGAACGUUGUGUUCAAUAUCUACAACAAGAAGGUUCUGAACGCGUUUCCAUACCCGUGGCUCACUUCGACGCUUUCUCUUGCUUGUGGGUCCCUCAUGAUGCUCGUCUCUUGGGUCACUAGAGUCGCUGAAGCUCCUAAGACCGAUCUCGACUUCUGGAAAACUCUCUUCCCGGUGGCGGUGGCUCAUACAAUUGGACAUGUAGCAGCGACGGUGAGUAUGUCAAAAGUGGCAGUGUCCUUCACACACAUCAUCAAGAGUGGUGAACCAGCCUUUAGCGUCCUUGUCUCGAGGCUCUUCUUAGGAGAAACAUUCCCUCUACCUGUUUACUUAUCCCUCUUACCAAUCAUUGGAGGAUGUGCUCUCGCUGCUGUCACCGAGCUCAACUUCAAUAUGAUCGGGUUUAUGGGGGCGAUGAUAUCGAACUUAGCGUUUGUGUUUCGCAACAUAUUCUCAAAGAAAGGGAUGAAGGGGAAGUCCGUGAGUGGGAUGAAUUACUACGCUUGCUUAUCUAUGAUGUCUCUUCUCCUUGUCACUCCUUUCGCCAUUGCCGUGGAAGGUCCUCAAAUGUGGGCAGCUGGUUGGCAAAACGCUGUCUCUGAUAUUGGACCAAACUUUGUCUGGUGGGUAGUGGCACAGAGUGUGUUCUACCAUUUGUAUAAUCAAGUCUCAUACAUGUCCCUCGACCAGAUUUCGCCCUUGACGUUUAGUGUUGGAAACACAAUGAAGCGAAUCUCAGUCAUUGUGGCAUCGAUUAUCAUCUUCCACACCCCGAUUAGACCUGUCAACGGUCUAGGUGCUGCCAUUGCGAUUCUUGGAACUUUCAUCUAUUCUCAGGCAAAGCAGUGAGGGGACGAAAGAUGAACCGUUUUCACAGGAGUGUUUGAUGCACCAGAGCAGAUGACAGAAAGAGAAUCCUGUGAAAUCUCAUGUGGGUUUUAAUGUUUUGAGCAAAUGGAGUUGAAUGAUCAACGGCUUAAAAUAAUGGCAUAGUGCUAUGAAAUGUAUAAUUUUAGUUUUGUUUUGUCCACAAGGAUCCAAGGAUCAACUGAUUGAACUACCCACACCAUUGUAUAAUAUAAGUUAAUACAAGGCCCAAUAAACAUAUCGUAUUAUGUGUUUUA